AUGUAUGACUUUUGGUAUGGAUAUCUUAAAAAGAAAUAUGGUGAUAAAGUAAAACUUUUAUAUACUGAUACAGAUUCUCUAAUCAUAGAAAUUGAGACGGAAAAUAUAUAUCAAGACAUGGUUGAUGAUUGCGAUUUAUUCGAUUUUAGCGAUUACCCUGAAGACCAUUGGGUAAUAAAGAAUCUUCCAGAAGAUCAAUGGAUAAUUAACGAAGAAGACAUCGAAUGCAUAGAAUAA